AUGUCUUCUGGUGCAGAGGCCCUCCGGUCUAUUCCGGAGUUCCCGGCUUUCUGCAAUGCUCUGCAGCAUGCUCUGCGGGUCGCCGCGCUCGUCACUGCCGACGCGGACGAUGGAACGCCCGGCGUGUUCGCCAUGUUCCAGGCGGCCUCGCUUCUGACCCAGAUCUCCAGUCAGGUGGCUUCUGCGAAGCUGGCGGAGGCCAUAGCACCCAUCCGGGCCAAGCAGGACUUCUGGAGCCUGCUGGACAACUCGACGGCAAUGCAUGCGCUGAUCAGCAUGCUGGGCACGGUGUGGCUGGCCUUCGCCCACUUGCGUAGGCACACCAUGCUCCUGGCGGUCAUGGCGCUGCUGUCCAUUGCCGCCUCGCCGGUGACACUGGCCUUGGGGUGGCCUGAGGCCUGCAAGCUACUGGGUAUGCCGACCAGCGAAGCGAGCCCGCAGCGAGGGCUACUGCGGUUCACCUCCGUCCUCUAUGCGGGAACCGCGGGAGCCACACUUCUUUCAGGAGGCACUGUGGGCAUGAUCUCCGCGAUGCUGGUGGUGCAGCUUCUGGCGAGGAUCCACGGAACCGAAGCCUUUGCCAGCCUCUUCACCUGA